AAUAUUAUCAAAUGAGUCUUAUGGGCGAAUAAUUUAUGUCCUGUCUAAAUUAUCGACGGUACGGUACCGUAGUUGUUAUCAUAAUCGGUAGUGUUUCAUCAUCGAUUUUGUGGAUGUUGUCCAAACAAUGGAAAUCGCAUUCGACACGGAUUUUCACAAGCAGGCGGCUAAUAUUUCGAUUCUCCUGUAGAUGGAUAUUAUAGGAUGUAGUUUUAAGGCGAUCAUGUCUAUAUCUAUCCUUCUCUUCCUUUCAAUACUUCUUCCUCUAAGCCUAGGCCAAGGAGCAUGUGAUCCAAACCCGUGUCUGAACGGAGGCACUUGCCGACCUGGAUUGCGGAAACCUUAUUACUGUGUCUGUUUGGCUGCAUAUCUGGGUGUGCACUGUGAGACCUCUCGUCGGAUUUACUGCGAGGAAUCCCCGUGUGAAAACGGGGCUACAUGCGUGACAGUUAAAAACGGUGGAUAUUGCAAGUGCGCUAAUAACUAUUGGGGAACAAAUUGUGACAUACGACUUGAUUCAGCAGAUGGAUACACGGUUGGUACGAUAAUUUCUAUGACCGCAGGAUCAACAAUAGGUAUUGUGUCGUUAUGUAUAUGUAUCGGGUAUGUCAACUACAAGUUCUGCUGCGGGGAAACCAACAAGUCCCGUCCAAUCAACCAGCCCAUAGACCUCAACGAUGAAUUUACAAUUAUGGACGCUUAGCAAAAUAGGUGGAAAUACUUAUCUGUAACAAGAUUGGUCAAAAAACAUCACAUGACCCGACGAAAUAACGCUAAAGUUGUUCUAGCGUCAUAGUCGGGUGGGUGCGAAACGGUCGGCGAUUACGUAUUAAUGUUAAUAUCUCAUUGGGUUGUACAAUCGAAUAUUUACUACAGACUGUUUAUAUUUUAAUAGACAAAUGGAUGAGCAUAAGCUCGGAAAAUAGUAUGAAGUUAGCUUCUGAGAUAGUUACAAAAAGACAGAUAGUAUUCAUUUUAAAUUCGUCAAUAAACCGAACUAUUUUUCUUGUAAUACAGUGACUGCAGUACAGAUUAUGUCUUCCUUCGUACAUGGAGUCAUAUUUCUAUGCUAUUUGGAUAUGAUUUCAGCUACAAGUCAUAAAGACGGUGCCAAGACCAGAUAUUUAUGGAUGUGAUUUGAGUGUCCUAUAUCUCAUCGGCCAGAUAAAAUCAAUUCUUGAAACUAUUAAUUAUGAAAUCUGUUUUAAAAAAGUAUCGUUGAAAUAUUUUAAAUGAUUGAAAAUUAUUUCCAUAUUCCUGCAAAUUAAUAAGCCCUUCAGUGGUAUCGACUGCGCAUGAAUCUCAAAGGUCAUGGCACAUAAAGACUCAAAUUCAGAUAUUUAUUACGUUAAAAUGUCAGUGUGUCUUGGCCUAUGCAAAUUUAAAGGAAAAAACAUACAGGUUAAACUUAAAUUACACAUCAAGCCCUAAACAUCUAGCAUGACUUACACAAGCCCUAAACACUCAACGGUUUACAGUAUAAUGAAUAUUCAAAAAAUUUUCAUCAAGCGAAUAAUGCAACCAAUUUUCAACAACAAAAAGGCAAACAAUACAUACGCGUAAAAUGUGUUUGUUUAAAGAAUUUGAACUUCGACAUAGCCAUACGUAUUUGAAACUAUGAGAAGGCUUAUUGUAUUGUUUGUUUCACUAUUAUGGAAAGGAUACAAUGCAUAUUAAUAAAACAGAAGUUCCAUUUGAUGAAUUCGAAACCAUGCAAGCAAUGGAUUUAAUUGAAUGAUAGGAAGAAAAUUCGUUUUAAUGAGGACUGAGCUACAUAAAUGAAAUAUAGUUUGACUAUACGUUACGUCAAAAUAUUUCCAUAGAUAACGAUGACAACGACGAUAUUCAUGAUUUAUUUAUAUAUAUGCAUUAUACUAAGAAAUUAGGCAGGCCUAUAUUAACGUGCGCUUAUUCUGUAUGAUCCUUCUUACUUUUAAAAACGAAUCUGAGUUGCCCAGAAUUUAUUAUCACAUUGUUAUAGUUUGUGGAGUUUUUUUUUUUGGUUUUUUUUGUUUUGUUUUUUUUGUUUUUUUUUUCUGUUUAUACACUCAUUUAAACAUGGAAAUUUUAAGUUAGAUAUUAUAUUGUACGUUGUAAAUAACAGAUACUGUAUGGAGAUUUAUGAAAGUCAAAUCAAUCUUGCCUAAAGAUCAACCAUCUAUCUUAUGCACAAUUUUGUCGCCAUUGCUUUUUAUAAUUUUUAAUCUAGAUAAUUUCCGAGUCGAUGGAUGUGCAAUUAAUUGAUAAUACAAAUGUAUGUUUUAAAGUAUCAUGAUUUAAAUAGACAUAAGAUAAACUCACUAUAGAUAAUGUAUCGUUGUGUAAAAUUCGGAAAGUGUUAUAUAAGUUAAUAUGAUUAUGCUUCGAUCUUCUUUGUCUAUUUUAAAGUUAAGCUUUUUAAUAAAAUUAACCUGAACAA